AGUAAUCCUUUCACCAAAAAAUUCCCAGCCAUUCCCCUGUUGGUUUAGCCAUGGAAGGCCCUCUGUUGCGAGAAGUGUGCGCCCUGUACGACCAAAUCUCGAGCCUUGCUAGCCUCAAGCCUUCCAAAAAUGUCGACACUCUCUUCACCCAACUAGUCCUCACGUGCUCCCCGCCCGCCCCUGGCCUUGAUAUCGCCUCUUUGCCUCAGCCACUUCAAGCCAUGAGGGCUCAUCUCAUCCGUCUCUGCGCCACCGCUGAGGCGCUUCUUGAAGUUCAUUUCUCUUCCAUUUUGGCUUCCUUUGAGAAUCCCAUUCAUAACUUGUCUAUCUUUCCUUAUUACUCUAAUUACUUGAAGCUCUCGCUUCUCGAGUUCGAUAUUCUUACCUCUCAUUGUCGUCGGGUGCCCUCUAGCGUUGCGUUCGUUGGCUCUGGCCCCCUCCCGCUUUCCUCCAUUGUCAUGGCGUCCACUCAUCUUAAGGGUACUAUUUUCCACAACUUUGACAUCGACCCAGCUGCAAACACCAUGGCGGGGCAAUUGGUUUGUUCGGACUCAGAUUUAUCGAAGCGGAUGGUGUUUCACACGGCAGAUGUAAUGGAGGUGACGGAGGCGUUUGGAGAGUACGAGGUGGUGUUUUUAGCAGCAUUGGUAGGGUUGGAGGAGGAAGAGAAAGGGAGGGUUUUGAGGCAUUUAGGGAAGCACAUGGCGCCCGGAGCUUAUUUGAUGCUAAGGAGUGCACAUGGAGCUAGAGCAUUUCUCUACCCUGUUGUCGACGUUCGUGACGUCGAAGCAUCUGGGUUCGAGAUUUUGUCCGUAUUUCACCCUACUGAUGAAGUUAUAAACUCCGUUGUUAUUGCAAGAAAGGUGACUGAUCUCGUUCCUGACAACGAUAAUUAUAACGACAACGACACAGAUGAUGAAAAACGAGCUGUUUUAGUUAACGCCCCUAUAAUAUUAGCCGAGAAGUGCUCGGGGUUUAAAGACUUCGGUCCCAUGAUCGAGGAGCUUGCCAUAGAAGAACAACUUUCUUGAAAUAGUUGCAUUAUUGUGAAGUAUGUUUGAAAUUGUCUUUUAAUAUUCUAAAUGAAAGGAUUUGGUUGGGAUGUGUGCAAAAA